CGUCACCUCCCUCCUGCACAGCCAGGGAGCAGCACACGCCGCGAUGCCCGAGCCGGAGAGAAAAUCCAAGAUCACAGCCUCACGCAAACUCUUGUUGAAGAGUUUGAUGCUGGCCAAGGCCAAGGAGGAGUGGGAUCAGGAGAUUGUGGACAAGCAGGCAGAGAAGGAGAGGUACCUGUCUGAGCGGGUCACCCCACUGCACACCAGCGGGCUCUCCUUGAGCCAGCUCCAGGACCUGUGCAGGGAGCUGCACGAGAAGGUGGAGAUUGUGGAUGAGGAGAGAUAUGACAUUGAAGCGAAAUGCAACCAUAACACCCGGGAGGAACGUCCUGUGGAAGUGGGCGACUGGCGCAAGAACGUGGAAGCCAUGUCGGGCAUGGAGGGGAGGAAGAAGAUGUUCGACGCUGCCAAGUCCCCCACGGGGCAGUGAGAGGAGCACUGGGAAGAAGACCGUCCCCGUCCCUGCUGCCAGCCUGCCCUCGCUGCUCCCCUGUCCCUUUGUGCCCUUCCCCAAAUUCCCACUGAGCUGAAACACAAGGACAACGGUGUGGAAAGGAGACCUGAGCUUCUUCCUUCCAGCAGUGCCCUCAGCCCUGCUCCUGCACAGCGUCCCCGCUCCAGCAGCCGCACAGGCCGUGCUGUCCCCAAGGGCCACUGCCACCCACCCCCUCCCAGCCCUGCAGAGAUGCCCCAGAGGCAGCAUUUGCCCCCCGUGCCCCGUGGCUCAGCCCGAGACGUGGCACCCCGAGACGUCCCCUGCAGCCAGACGUGCAUUAAAGGACUGUCCUGGGCC